AUGGGACUGUGCCGCCCUGCCCUGGAGGGCAUCCUCUGCAUGCACCUGCACAGCCUGGCCCAAGCCGCCGGGAAGGAGAAGGCUCUGGCCGAGAGGGGCUUGUUCAGGGCUUUGCCCACCCAGGCGGAGGGAGAGAAGUGCCCCCCGCCGCCGCCCCCGCGGCUUGACUUCGCUCCGCGCAGCACCCGCCCCCUCUGCCUGCGCUGCGGCGCCCCCUGCAGCAGAGAGCGGGGAAGGCAGCGCCGCGCUCCCAAGCCUCUGGCGCGGGGAGCGGAGCAGAGGCGAUCGCCGGCAAGCGAGGCUGACUUGGUAAAUUACAAGCGUCUGGCGUUCCCCGUCCCGUCCCGUCCCGUCCGCCGCGGAACCGGUGCCUGGGCAGAGUUUGUCACCAUGAGCCUGUUACUGCCAUUUGACUCCAUCUGCAUUUUCCUCUGUGCCCAAGUGCUGCUCACAUGGGGUCUACAAGAACUUCAUGCCAACCAGGAGAAUGUCAAGAUUUCUGCUGCUGGCCAACUGAUGCAGUGCUCUGCUUCAGUAGAUAUCCUCCUUCUGUUAGAUGGGUCAUACAGCAUUGGCAAAGGAAACUUUGAGAGGUCUAAGCACUUUGCAGGCAAACUCUGUGAUGCCUUGGACAUCAAUCCGGAUAGGGUCAGAGUGGGAGUGAUACAGUUUAGCUCAACUCCCCAGCUAGAAUUCCCCUUGGAUUCGUAUUUAACCAAGGAGGAAGUGAAGGAGAAAAUCAACAAGAUUGUGUUCAAAGGCGGGAGCACAGAAACGGGGCUCGCACUGAAAUACGUCCUCCGGAGGUUUCCUGGUGGCAGAAAUUCCUCUGUCCCUGAAAUCCUGAUCAUCCUCUCAGACGGGAAAUCACAAGGCAAUGUAGCAACACCCGCUAAGCAGCUGAAGGACAGGGGCACCUCAGUAUUUGCUGUGGGAGUCAAGUUUCCAAGGUGGGAGGAGCUGCACACGCUGGCCAGUGAACCAACUGAGCAGCAUGUGCUGUUUGCUGAACAUGUGGAUGAUGCUGCCAAUGGCCUGUAUAGCACCCUCACCAGUUCUACUGUCUGCAGUGCUGUCUCUCCAGGCUGCAAGAUUGAAUCUCACCCUUGCGAACGCAAGACACUGGAGACCGUGAAAGAGCUGGCUGGGAACUAUAUGUGUUGGAAAGGAUCAAAGAGACCAAAUGCAGUGCAUACAUCUCUCUGCCCUUUCUAUCUUAGUUGGAAAAGAGUCUUGAUAAAACACCAGGCCAGAUGCUACCGAACUACAUGCCCAGAUCCUUGCGAUUCCCAGCCUUGUCACAAUGGAGGCACAUGCGUUCCAGAGGGAUUAGAAAGGUACCACUGUGUGUGUCCUGUUGGAUUUGGAGGAGAUGCCAGCUGCGCUCCGAAGCUGAGUCUGGAGUGCAGCAUGGAUGUUCUUUUCCUGGUAGACAGCUCAUCUGGUACCACCUUGGAGGGAUUCCUGCGCUACAAGGCCUUCCUGAAAAGGUUCAUUUGGGCAAUGUUGAGCAAAGACUCCCCAGCAAACGUUGGAGUGGCCCAGUACAGCAAUAAUGUCCAGAUCCCGAUCAAAGUGGGCAAGUACAAGGAUGUGCUUGGUUUCAUGAAGAGCAUUGACACCAUGCAUUUCAGCGGAGGGGGAACCUUCACCGGCAAAGCCCUUCGGUAUGUCACGCAGCAUGGCUUUAAGAGUGCUCCGGCCUUCAUGGAUGUUCACGACAAUCUCCCGCGUGUGGUUGUCUUGCUCACGGAUUCAGAGUCCCAGGAUCCUGUGUUAGAAGCAGCUAAAUACCAGGGCAGAGGGCUCUUCCUAAUUGGCGUGGGCAGCGACUUCUUAAGAGCAGAGCUGGACGACGUGACUGGGAAUCCAAAGCGGACGGUUGUCUAUUCCAGCCCCCCGGAUCUGUUCAACAAGAUCCCUGAGCUGCAGAAAAAAAUCUGCAGUGUAGACAGUCAUCCAGGCUGCCAGUCCCAGUCUCUGGAUCUGGUUUUUGCCUUGGAUGCCUCAGCUGGAGUUGGCAGGGAGAACUUUCUGCAGCUGAAGAACUUUGUCAGUAGCAGCUCUCUGCAGUUCAAUAUCAAUCGGGACGUCACCCAGACAGGCCUCGUGGUCUUCGGCAGCAGGGCUCGCACUGCAUUUGCCCUGGACACGCACGUCACCAGCUCAGCUCUCUUUCAAGCCAUCAGCCAAGCGCCUUUCCUUGGUGGCUCGGCCUCCAUGGGCAGAGCCUUGCUGCACAUUCAUGAUGAUGUUGUGACCGUUCCAAAAGGGGCAAGGCCUGGGGUGAGCAAGGCCGUGGUUGUGAUCACGGGUGGGAGCGGCACCGAGGAUGCAGUAGUUCCAGCUCAGCAGCUGCGGAGCAACGGCGUGUCGGUGUUUGUUGUCGGGAUUGGGGAUGUGCGGAGGGACACACUGCUGAGGAUUGCCGGCUCUCCCCACUAUCUGAUCCAUGUUUCAUCUUAUGAUGAUCUGCGCAAUUACAAAGACUUUAUCACUGAAAGAAUAUGUGAAGAGGCUAAACACCCGGUGAACCUGUGCAAACCUAACCCGUGCCUGAAUGAUGGAGUGUGCAUUCUCGGGAAUGGAAGCUACUGGUGUGAAUGCCAAGGCUGGGAAGGACCGCACUGUGAAAGCAGAAUUUUAAGGGGCGAUUUUUCAAGAUCACCGGUCCCUCCCACAAACUUUCACAUCCAACGAAAUCCGAGCGGUUUGCAGCAGCUUAACAGAGCUCUCCGACAUGCAAAAAGGCACGCUCAGUCGGGACACUGAGUUGGGCAGUUUCACUGUGCAGUUCUCCUUUCAGUAAUGUUUGCUUGCAGCCAUUAAUAUACAAGACGAUCUGGCAAGCAACCACCAGGUAUUUCAAUGAAUGCUUUAAUCUGGCACAGAGACUGAAGUAAUGUCUCUCCAAGUUCACACAGGACGCCAGCUGGGCUUAUCAGUAGUCAAUAUUUUUUCUUAUAAGUAAUAAGUAAAUAUUUUGUGUUUCAGUAUUUAUUAUUGACUGUUUUUCUUUUCCACUCCAAGAUUUUGGUGUUUCACAUAUGUUGUUUGAAAGAUCUGUGAGUUGGCAGCAGACUAUUAGAGAAGGCUAGAGUAAUUCUGGGGCUCAAGCCAAAAGGGGUUAGCCUAAAUAAUGUAUCUGUAAACGGAGCUAUAUAAAGUGCACAUUUUUAACAAUGAGAGUAAUUAGCCAUUGAAACAACUGACCAACGGAUGCGGAGGGGACUCUUAUCACUCGAAAUCUGUAAAUCCAAGACUGGAUGUCUUUCUAAAAGAGAUGCUCUAGCUCAACCAGAAAUUACAAUCUAGAUGGCGAAAAUAGGGAGUGAAAUUCUAUGGCCUGUGUUAUAGGGGAGGUCAGACAAGGGUCCCUUCGGGGCUUAAAAUCUAUGACUCUAUAAACUAUAGCUAUGGCUGUGCAAACAAAGAGCUGGGUCCUCAGCUCCAGUAAAUCAGUUCAGCUCCGUUGGUCUGGCUGUAAUUUCCGUACGCUACUUACCAGACCCAGUUAAAUAUUCCUGCAGUUGAAGUCACUAGAAUGAAUUAUUGGAUAAACACAGGAAGACAAAUGAAAGGGAGAGCUAGUGAUGGGCUUUGUUAUGCGUUACUGAUUUCUCAAUGCCAAAUGCAGUGAUGUUCCCUUGCUUAGCUCUUUUCUUUGUUUGUAUUCGUUUCUGAGUGAGGUAAUAUGGUUUGGCUUAAUGGACAUUUUUAUUAGCUGCAUUUUGUUGUUGUUAGGAGGGGCCUUAAUGUGAAACAACUCUAAAAUGGAGCUGCAGCAGUUAAUAUGUACGUUGCUAUAUUUACAAGAUGAGCUUGGCUAUUUUAGUCCUAGAGAUCAGAUUAGUUUACUAUGUAAAUCGAAUGGUAGGUGAUGGCUGAAAAAUGACUUGUUUAAAACCUAGAACUGAGUAGUUCAAACACAGUGUGGAGGACAAAUUCUGGGCUAAGCUAAGGAUUGCUUUGGAUCUGGUGUGCUAAGCAGCUGAGUCUACUGAAUUGGGAUUUUUAUGUAAACAAUACCAUUUGCAGCCCGAUCCUGCAUGCUUUAUUCAUGCCAAACUCUCCCUAGGACAGCUGGGGGUUUGUCUGAGUCAUCUGUGCUACAAAUACAGCAUUGUAAGGGUUCCAGAACUGGUUACAAAUGGGGUUCCAGUCGGAUGCAUACACUGCACCCUAUUGUGUUUUGGAACCUGGCUGCUGUGUUGGAUUUAACCACAGCUUCUGUCUCCAUCAGCUCUCUUUUGCAAACUCUGUUUGCCCCUCUUUUUACCCUCGCUUAUCACGCCUCCUUUCUUUGCCCCUCUCCUCCAGGCCAAACCCAGGCUCCUUUCUGAGUGCUGGGAACACUCGUUCCAUGGCUUUACGAGGAAGCUCUAUCCGCCCAUUGGGGGAGGUCUCUGUAAAACUGGCCCCCUGGAAAGGCAGAAAUACCAUGUGUGAUGAACAGGGGAUAGGAACCUAAAUAGGCAGCACUUCUGGCUCCCUUAAUGGUUUUAUGCUGAUCGCUCUUCACCCAGCAGGCUAGCGGUCAUGGCAGCUUUACAUGGAGAAGGAGAGGCUGAGCCAUGACUUCGACAGGAGCUGCACACACACCUCCAAAGAACAGAAUCUGGCCCCAGGCCAGCACCUUUCAGAGGGUGUCCCUCAAUGGAUCACGAGAUCAGUUCACCUGGGAAGCUAUUAGACAUACACGAUUGCUCUCCUGGGGCUAUUUAACUAUGAUAUUACGUUGUUCUUAACUGUUUUCCUCAUGGAGCCCAUUGCCUUGGAGAGAUGAAAGCAGAAACUCCAGUUCUGCUGUGCGCAGAGCAGAGCCAGAAAGAUUAACUGCAACUGCCAGUGUUCAGCUUUAUAGCAUCUAGGGUUCAGUGUUCAGGGUAAUAGCAAAGAGAAGAAAAUCCCCUUCAUCCAAGUGCCUUGGCCCCAUGUUUUACUAGUAACACAGGUGUACCAAAAGAGAGAGAGAUUAUUUCACAGGAUCGUUGUCUAAAGGACAAUGGUCUAAACCACUCAUGGAGAUUAAAGCUAGUUCUGAAACAGCAGCAGUGCUAUUUUAUACCUUAUGCUGGAAAAAUAAAGGAGAACUUCCACUUUGGUUCUGCUCAGACUUCUGUAGAUAAUCCUUCGGCUUCUGCGCCUGAGGCAAGCAGCAAUAGAAGUGCAAUUGCAGGACUGAUAUUUGAAGCGGAAAGGGGCGCUAACCCUUCUCCCUUAUUUAUGCCUGGCAUGGUUGCCGCUUUAGUGUUACUUCUUCUGUAAAAGUGUCAGUGGGUUCUGUUCUGGAAAGAAUGGGCUACAUCAGUCUCUCAGCUACAACCCAAAGCCACGGUUUGUAUUUUACACUGGGGAAACAUCUGGGGAGCUAGUUCCACUUCCAGCCAAAUUCUGCUCUUAAAAUAUUCUCCAUCGUCUUGCGCUCCUUGCAUGGUUUGUGGUGUUAGACUAUACUAUUAUCCCUUGCUGCCCUGCUUCGCUGUAAUAUUUACAACACUCUAGCAUUUUCUGUUGUAUAUUUUGUCUAACAGGUGCACUGGUUAAACUCUGCUUCACUUUCACUGUCUUUUGGCAGCUUGCCUUUAACACGGAGUUGGCUCUUCCUCCUUUAGCUUUUGUACAGUGUACGACUUGAGUAAUUGCAAUGUGCUUUCUUAAAAGUAUAAAGGUAUUUACAAUAUUUUCCACAUACGUAUAUUGCAUACAGAGAAGAUUUGUAUAGAUCCAAUGAACCUUUAGGCUUGAUUAUGCACCUAUGUUGUACAAUUGUAACCAUGCUAUAUAGAUAUACUUUUAUUUUAAUACACUGGCUAAUACAAGCA